AUGGUUGCCGGUUCAAGCAUGCGCACUACGCAGUUUCGAGUUGCAAGUAUUAACCGUGUAGUAUUAACCGUGCUACCAAUUUGAAGAAUAUAAGAUUUUGCUUUUGAUAUGGCGUUCCGAUUGGGAAUCAGGAGGAUGCUUUGUACUGUAAGAGAAACAUCGACCUCUCGUCACUCAAGUCUCUUGGAUAAACUGAAAAAUAGUAAAGCAGGUAAAUGGGGACGCGGUCUGGCAUCUGACUACAAAGAAGCAUGUCGUGAUAUGGUGGUUGGCAUCUGGGAGCAUCCUGUCAAAGCAUCAAUAUGCAUUACCAUGCUUGGAGGUGCAUUAACCAGUUUCUUCACAAAGCCUGAUUACUCAUCUUUUGAAGAGUCCCUCCUCGAGUGUUCCAAUCAGCUGGGUCUGCUGUCAUCAUGGAUCCGCAAUGCAACCGCUGAUAGCCAUGUGCAGAAACUGCUUAAGUUUCGCAACGAGGGCCGUCUCUGCCAUAUCAACCUGGGACUACUUUCUUUUAUUUAUUUUACUGACCAUACACACGACAGCUCUCUGUAUGAAGCUCAGUGUUCUAGUUUGUCUGUAAUCUGGAGAGAGUUCCCCAGACGUAUAAUGGAUGUAGGCUUUGCUGGUCACUGGUGGGUCCUGAACUCAAAGAUGACAAACUAUGACGUUAAUGAAGAUGAGUUCAUGUACCUACCAGUGCAUAUGCAGAGAACAUCACCACCCAAUGCUCAGGUGGUGGAAUCAAAUGAGCGACUGCACCGAGAGUCUUGGCUUGCGCUGAAAUUGAAAGAUGAGGAGAAAGAAUAAAAAAAACAUCUGUGUGAAGUGAAA